UUGCAGGGGGAAGACGGAGCAACGGACGGAGCACAGUCGCCUGUCCAUCAUAUUCAAAGAAAGAGAGAGAGAGAGAAAGCACGAAAGGGAAGAAAGACAUGCACUCGCCGGAAGGGAAUUUGCAGCCAUGCAAGGCACCGAGGUCCGCAUCGCUCGUUUGCUUUCCUAAACAAAGCAAGAGGCCGACCUCUCAUCCAGCAUGAAGAGGUGCAAAUCGGAUGAGCUGCAGCAGACAGACGACGAUUCCCCUGCUGGGACUGAAGAUGCUCCCAUCCUGCCUACCAUGGAUUCCAAGCCUGUGGAUUCAGCUGCUGCCCUGUCGGAUUUGGGUGCUUCCAAUCAAAAUCCAGCAUCCCAUCCUGUUACCCGGAGUAAACCUCCUGAUUUAAAGAAGAUACAACAGUUGUCUGAAGGAUCUAUGUUUGGCCAUGGCCUCAAGCAUCUUUUCCAUAGCCGCAGACGUUCUCGAGAACGGGAGCACCAGAACUCCCAGGAGUCAUCACAGCAGCACCAUGGCAUGUCUGACCAUGACUCCCCUGAUGAAAAAGAACGCUCUCCUGAGAUGCACCGUGUCUCCUAUGCCAUGUCUCUCCAUGAUCUCCCAGCUCGACCCACUGCCUUCAACAGGGUGUUACAGCAGAUCCGCUCCCGUCCUUCCAUCAAGAGGGGAACCAGUUUGCACAGUGGCAGCCGACGAACCAAGAGUGGGUCCUUGGAACCCCAGAAAAGCAGCCCACAUCUUGUCCGUAAGGCCCCUCAGGAUAGUAGCCUGACAGCAAUACUGCAUCAGCACCAAGGCCGGCCAAGAUCUUCAUCCACCACGGACACUGCUAUCCUUAUGGCUGAAGGUGGGACCGUGUACCUCCUAUCAGAAGAAUCGGAAUGUCUCAGUGACAAGCAGAUCAAGGCAAAAGGCUUCAAACCACAGUGCUUUGCCAUAGAGCAUGAAUAA